AUGGUUUUAGAAAAAAUUUUAAGUGCAAAGAAAAUAAAUGUGGAGAAUCUGUCAAAUUCUACAUUCGAAUCAAUUAAAGGAAGUGAACGUGGUGUAAUACACAACCUAUACUAUCCCCAAGAAACCAGUUUUGUACUUUGGAAGUUUAAAAAAUUGUUACUUUCGAGUUAA